UCUCUCUUUAAUUCCUGUUUGGAGAACUUAUCACAACAAUCGUUACCUUGUUCAUUUGAGGAUUGUUUGUCUCCCUCCAUUAGAAUGUAAACUCCAAAAGAGUGGCAUCUUGCCUGUGUGGUCUCUGCUGUAUCCCCCAAACCAGGCCCAGGUCUCAGACACAUCCAGGCCUGGCACAUUAGGAGGCUGUCAGUGGAUGUUUGUGGAAUGGAUGUGGGAGAGGAAAAGGAGCAGUCAAAGAAAGGAAAAGGACCAGGAGAGAGUAGAGUUGAGGAACCCAAGGAAAUGAAGUCAAACCAGAGAGGAAGGACAUUCCCCAAGAAGGGCCAGACGUGUGUGGUGCACUACACAGGAAUGCUCCAGAAUGGGAAGAAAUUCGAUUCAUCCAGAGACAGAAACAAACCUUUCAAGUUCAGAAUUGGCAAGCAGGAAGUCAUCAAGGGUUUUGAAGAGGGUGCAGCCCAGAUGAGCUUGGGGCAGAGGGCGAAGCUGACCUGCACCCCUGACGUGGCAUACGGAGCCACGGGCCACCCUGGUGUCAUCCCUCCCAAUGCCACCCUCAUCUUCGACGUGGAGCUGCUCAACCUAGAGUGAAGGCAGGAAGGAACUGGAGGUGGCCGGAGAUGGCUGCCGCUCCCCUCCUCGCCGGCUCUGCCACUGGGACGGCUCCGCCCGCUCGGGGCCCUUGAUCAGUGUGCUCCCCUCGCCGCCCCACCACACGGUCCAUUCUCUGCCCAGCUCGCUCUCUGUGUUGGUCACUGUUCACAUGCAUCUUUGCUUAAGGAAACUUCAGUUGCGAUCGAAACAUUUCGGGUUGUGCAUUUUGCGCGUGCAUGUAGUAGCCGUUCCUGACUGCCGAACACGGAUUUCUCGUUCGCACAAUCGACACUGCCUUACCUUCACUGAAGCCAGACACACGAGGUGCUCAGACUCGAGACGUGUGCACGAGGGACUCGGGCCAGUUACCUUUGCUGUCACUUCCUCUUGGAAACCGUUGGCUGCUGACUUACAAAAUGUCCUCUUUGGAAAUGACACAUAAAAUAAAGGCUCUGUGCUUGACAAGUUCCUGUCCAUCCUUGAUGUAGGUAGGAAGGGCUUUAAGGACCAUGUAAGCCAGUCACCCUUGGGAAAAAAGAGUGGACCGGAGCCUUCCGACUAGCCGGGAGAGGGAUAAUAAAGACCAUAGUUGCAAUGUGAGUACCGUGCAUGCUGGGCCUUGUUUUGUUUUU